UUUAAUGUAGUCAUCUUCAUACACACUCUCCCUUCAUUUUCUCUCUCUCUCACCUUUCGGUUUCAGUGUUGGUUGAGCAUUUUAGGUGGAGUCUUUCCUUUACCUUCUUCCUCGUUCUCUCUCCUGAUCAAACCAUUUUUUUUUAUUUAUUUUUUGCGAUUUUCUUCACAAUUCUAUUGCUUUCACCUUAAUUUCUGACGAUUCGAUUGCAAUUAUGUCGAUUUCUAACGAUUAGGGUUUUGAUCGGUGUUUUGUUUUGUACAUAUUGAUUUUUGGGUUUUGGAUCUUUCAGCUGUGAAUUUAGGGUUGUUUAUUGUUGUUGUUGAUAUGCAUAUUGAGGAUUUUGAACCGGAAGAGGUGGUGGGAUGUCAAUCGGAGAAGAAGAUUAACGAUUUUUUCGAUGAUUCUAGGGUUAGGGUUUCUGGAGAUGAUCCAAACGUCGUCGCUUGGGAUACCAAAAGGGUGUUGAUUGGAGCUGGUGCUCGUGCCUUGUUUUACCCUACUUUGGUUUACAACGUUGUUAGGAACAAAGUUCAAUCUGAGUUUCGUUGGUGGGAUCGGAUUGAUAAGUUUGUGUUGCUAGGUGCUGUUCCAUUCCCUAGUGACGUUUUGCGAUUGAAGGAACUUGGUGUGCACGGAGUGAUCACUUUAAAUGAGCCUUAUGAGACUUUGGUUCCUACAUCUCUCUAUCAUGCUCAUGGCAUUUAUCACCUUGUGCUUCCUACUAGAGACUAUCUCUUUGCUCCCUCAAUGAAUGAUAUAUGCCAAGCUGUGGACUUCAUUCAUAGAAAUGCGUCUCGCGGGUGGAUGACUUAUGUACACUGUAAAGCUGGUCGAGGUCGCAGCACCACAAUUGUCCUAUGUUACCUGGUGCAACACAAGAAAAUGACUCCUGAGGAUGCUUAUAGCUACGUGAGAUCCAUCAGACCAAGGGUUCAGCUUGCUUCAAUUCAGUGGCAGGCUGUUAAGGAUUAUUACAAUUAUAAGGUGAAGAGCUGUAGCUCAAAAUCGUGCAACGAUUUGAUGAUAAUUAGAAGCUCAGGGCUUCCACCAGUGGGCAACUUGUUUGAAUUUGAUGAUUGCUCCGUAGUGGUGGUGACGAAAUCCGAUCUUGACGGUUAUGAUCCGAGUAAGCAGAGUGUUGAAGAUAGUCAGAUAUUCGCAGAUCUGAGUGUAAUUUACAAGGCACGUGUUGCUGGCCAGGCAGCUCUAGCCAGGCUUUCCUGCUUGUGGCUGCGUUGCCAUACCCAGCAGAAGAUUGCUGAGGAGCAGCUUCUAAGGCAGGGUAGCUGCACCAUCACGGCAGACCAGAUAAGCGGUAGCCUUACUGUAGACAUCCGUGUGUAUUAAGAUGAUGUUAAUGUAUUUGCGUCAAAAUCAAAGAUGUUUGAUACCCUGUUUUCUAAUUCCUGCCCUGGUAAAUAUGAGAAGGCUAAUAAAAAUUGUGGGUUUAGCUUGGCCUGGCCUUGCUUUCCCUUGUAAAUAUUGUCUUUUUUUUUUUUUAUAGAAAUGUCAAAUGUUUAGUUAGGACUCUUUAGGAGGAGCUCUCCUCUUGCUCCAUUAGUAAAUUACAUAGCGGCGAUAGUGCUAGUAAUUGAAGUAAAUACGAAGUAUGUGCUUAUAAAUUUAUAAUCUAAAAGCAUCAAUAUGAAUUGUUCGA